AGGCACAUUCAUCUCCAAGAAGCUUGAAGAAGUUUAAAUCUUGAGGUAAGCGUCUCAAUCCCCGACCGUAUACUUACGUACGAAUAAGAUGAUUAACGGGUCAAGAUGAAACCAGCUUGCCCGAGCGCAUCAUCUGGAAGAUUCCUACUCGUCUGGCCCGUGUUGAGCACUGUCGUUAAUCCGAUGGGUGAGUCGUCGAAUUCCGCGUACACCACAAACUCCAAGCAGUGGCUAUCGAGGGUUGUCGGUAUCAGAACUCGCCUUCAAUCAUCCUUCUGGCUGCCCUCGAUGGGGCGAAGCCUGGCCAGACGCUAUCUGAAUUCCGGCGGCUAGCAUUAGCUCCGAGCGCUGAUUAAUUCCUCUCCACGUCCGGGACUC